CCGUUUCCAAGCAUGGGAGACAGGCUGCCGGAGCCUCACGCCAGCUCUUCCCCUGCUGUCGCUGCCAGCUCGGAGGCGGAAGAAAUCGAGGUGUUGGACUCCGAGGAUGUCCUACCUAUGGCUGCAGAGGAUCACUGGAAAGCCCUAUUUGAUCAGUUUGAUCCUGACAACACUGGCUACAUCAGCACUGAGAAGUUUCGCUCCCUUCUCCAGAGACAUGGCUCAGAGCUGGACCCCCACAAGCUGGAGGUGCUGCUAGCCCUGGCAGACAGCAACUCUGAGGGGAGGAUCUGCUACCAGGACUUCGUCAACCUGAUGAGCAACAAAAGGUCCAACAGUUUCCGGCAGGCCAUCCUGCAGGGGAACAGGCGGCUGUGCAGCAAGGCCCUGCUGGAGGAGACGGGGCUGAGCCUGUCGCAGCGGCUGAUCCGGCACGUGGCCUACGAGACGCUGCCGCGCGAGAUCGACCGCAAGUGGUACUAUGACAGCUACACCUGCUGCCCCCCGCCCUGGUUCAUGAUCACCAUCACCCUUGUGGAGGUUGCCUUUUUUCUUUACAAUGGAGUGGUCUUAGACAGAUUUGUGCUGCAAGUCAGCCACCCCUUGUACUUGAAGAAUGCAUUACUGUACCAUCCCCAGCUUCGGGCCCAGGCUUGGAGGUACCUAACCUACAUAUUCAUGCAUGCAGGGAUAGAGCACCUUGGGCUCAAUGUUGUGCUUCAACUCUUGGUUGGGGUUCCUCUGGAAAUGGUGCACGGAGCUGCGAGGAUCAGUUUUGUGUACGUUGCAGGAGUUGUGGCAGGGUCCCUGGCAGUCUCAGUGGCUGACAUGAGGGCGCCGGUGGUGGGCUCCUCUGGAGGUGUGUAUGCUCUUGUCUCUGCUCACCUGGCCAAUAUUGUGAUGAAUUGGUCAGGAAUGAAGUGCCAAUUUAAACUGCUGCGCAUGGCUGUUGCCUUGAUCUGUAUGAGCUUUGAAUUUGGAAGAGCAGUGUGGCUGCGGUUCCACCCCUCCGCUUACCCCCCGUGCCCCCACCCCAGCUUCAUGGCUCACCUGGGAGGGGUGAUGGUUGGAAUCACCCUUGGUGUCAUCAUCCUGAGGAACUAUGAGCAGAGACUCCAAGAUCAGACUUUAUGGUGGAUCUUCCUUUCUAUUUAUGUCAUUUUUGUCCUGUUUGCCAUCUUCUGGAAUAUUUUUGCCUACAGUCUGUUGGAUCUAAAGCUACCUCCCCCUCCUUGAAAACAUGGGACAGAAAACUGGAGAGCAGAAGUCAUCUGUCAGCUGUGUUAAAUGAAUGAAGAUGGAGGAUCUAUUUUUAUAUUUAACUUAGGGGAGGAUGAUUCUUCUGAAUGCACAAGUGUGCUGGAGGAGGUGCUUGAAGGUCUCAUGAAAGAAUGGGCUGAUCAGUUUGUUCACAAAUCCAGCAGGUUCUGUAACUCUGGCUGGCCAUGCCCUGCAGUUUCUGCCCUGCACCUCGGCACUGACUGCUUGGGUUGUUAUCACACAUCAAUAUUUUUUAUGAGAUAUUUGUAUUUUCCAGGUCAGUGCUGGAAUUAUGGCCAAUUGUUCAGUGAAUUUCCUCAAUGUUACUGAACACUGAAAGGGAAAAAGAGCAGACAUUUACUAAUUACAGUCUCAAAUGGUACAAGGCAGCUUGAAUCUGGUUUCUUUGGACACAUCUGACUGUUCAGCCAUACCAGUGCCACUGUCUAAUUACUUGAAUGGUUCCUAAGGUAUUUUAGCCUAUUCUGAAACUUGUCUUGCACAGCUUUCGAAGGAAUUGGCAGAACUUGAUCACACAAAAUGAUGAAGACUGGUCUUCAACUACAGGUCAAAUGAAAUUGCACUAUAACCAUUGGGAAUCUUAGAGUGUUGUGGACACCCAGCCAAAAGUGACUUUUACUGUGCAUGUUUCACUUGAUUUUAAUUAAUUAUUCCCCCCCUCUGCAGCCUGCUGUGGCUGAGGUGUGGCUGGGUUGUUUGGUUUUUUGGGUUUCUUCUUUGAGGGAUGAAGAAAAAGAGGGCAAAUGUUCAUUUGUGGUUUUAUCAGAUGACAAUCAGGUGCUGUUUUCUUCUCACUUUUUUUCUGGCCACACUGACCUAACACCUGGCCUGCAGUGAGCUCCUUGCAAGAAUCACAACUCUUCCAGCAGAUUCUUACUAGGAAAGUGGGACCAUGAUCACCUCCAGCAGCCCAGGGUGGGAACUAUCCAGUCUUUACAGCCAUACAGUCCAUUUGGGGCCAAGUCCACUGAAGACAGAGGAGUUAAAUCAGUUUGUAUGUAGCACUGGUUUCCCAAUGAAAUGGAAAGUGUGUUGUUUGCUACAAUGAUCAUUGUGAAAUGGACAAAACUGGUUUAAAUAUGACUUCUAAAUUUUGAGGAUGCCUCUUCCAGAGGCAAUGGAUGUUCAGGAGCUCCAGACAACAGAUAGUUGCAAUGAUGCCUUUUUCUUUAACGUUGGUCAAGCCCAGUCCAGGCAAUCUGUAAGUGGGCUGUGGCAUAGUUCAUACAGUUGCCUGCACAGACCUAGGAACCACAUCUGUAGCACAAGCAGAGCUUAUAGGUACUCUUCUCUGUAAGGUGCUUAUUUUGCCUGUCACUUCAGAGAGCUGCCAAAUUACAGUCCAGGAACAUUGGUGCCCUCCUUUUCUCUGCCCUUUACCCACUUAUUCAAUGGUCUGGACAAAGCAGCCAUAAAAGUCUCUCCAGACAAGCUCCUCUCUUCCUUUUUUCUAUUUCCUGCUGGUGUCCAGGCACAGCCACCAGAGUCCUUCACAGCCCAUCGCAUGGGCACCAUAGCACUUGUGUUUGCUCUGUGAAAAAUGUCUCUGUGUUGUGGGCUUUAUUAUCUCAGCUGUGCUAUCCACACUGCUGCCAGAUGAUACCACAAGCUAGUAGGAGCCUGUCCUUCUAGAGGGGACAUCCACAAGUUCUUAUCAGCUGCCCCCUUCUUUGCCUCUUAUGGAGAAAUAACUCUGGGUUGAGGGGUGAAGUUUUCUCCUACCAGAUGCAUUCAUAAAACUUCUGUUGCCUCAGAAGGAGGGGAGAAAAAAAUAAGCGUUUCUGCAGCCUGGAAUAAGCCUUACCUGCAAAAGAAACCAUUUUUGUCACCUUUGAGCACAGAAAUGAGAUUUCUGAGGACAAUUGCACUUUUGUUGUUCUGCAUGGCCAGUACAUUGCUCAUAGACCCUCAGGGAGGACCAAGAGGAAGGAAUAAGGGCAGAGCUAUGACCAUUUUGGGAAAGGGAUUGGUUCCCUGAGCCAUUUUACCUCUGCAGUUUGGGUCCAGAUCCCAGCAGUCACAAGAGUACCCAGAUUGUUGCAGGUUCUGGCCCAGUGAGUGUUGUAGCCGUGGAUCCCCCUGGGAGCAGGAAGGAGGGUGGGAGCCAGGAGAGUUCUGACACAGUUAUCCAGUAAGGAGGGCAUUCCUUCCCUCACCUAUUGCUACACCUUUCUCAUUACAGGUGCCUUGAAAACAGAGGUGACAAGGAAUGGGAGUUCUCCUGAAAGCUUAGGAAAGCUUUCAAAAUUUUGGCAGAAGAUUUCAAAGGCAAAAAUCCCCUGAUUAUUUUGCCUUUAAUUUGCCAGAGUGCAAUGUGCACCAAUUGACUUUUAGUUUUGGUUUUUCAGUUGAAAGCUACUUACUGCCCAUGAGUUUCUUACCAAUAAAGGUUUCUGUGCCUGCUAGUGUAUGCAGCAAGAUAAAUGUUCAAGAGCCACCAGUUUCUUAUCAGCUUUAUCAUGGCCAAAAUGUCUUUACUCAGCUCAGAAGUGGGAGGGGGCUGAACAGAGUAAUGCAGACAGCCUUUGUUGGUCUUUUUUCCAUAGAUAGGUGUAGUUUACAUGAACUGGUUGAAAACAGCUCUGAAGUUGAUCUUACGACUUGCUCUUUCUGACUUCAUUCUGUGUCCCCAUACCCUGCCUGAGCAAGUCUACAAACAGCCCUGGGGAUCAGAAAGGCCAGACUUUAAGGCAGUUCUAGAUUUAUUGUAGAUGAAGGAAUAAAACCCUCUCACAUUCCUGUUUAUCAGAGCCUAAAUCUCCCCCCAUACUUGGAGUAGUUUGUGCACAUAGCCUGUUGUCUGCUAAGAAUCAAUCAGCUCAUGGAGCCAGAAGCAGCACAAAGUGCUUAAGCUUUUUAAUUAUUUUUUAUCAUUAAAAUUACAGUGUGAAAACUUGUUGUUUUUACAGAGUGAAUGAAUUCCAGCUAUGUUAUUUUCAAAAAAACCCUGGGAAUGCCACAGUGCCACAGUGCUGCAGCACCACAGAGCUAACAGAAACCAGGCUUUUCUGUUACCUCCAGAUGUCCUUGAAGCUGCUGGCUCCUGUUGGAGAUGUAAUACUCUCCAUCCUGCUCAUUUAUGGUUCCAACCUGUCACUGUCAGCAAUGUGCUCCUGAAGGAGCAUCCACUGAGGGACUGGUUUCAGUGAUUUGUUGUGGUUGCAUUUCAGCUACUGCUAGGAUUUUCCAUCAGUCAGGUAAAGCAUGAAUCUAUUGAACCUCACGUCCGUGCAGUGCUAGAGCAGAAGCCAAGGACUGCCACCCAUGUACAGGUUUGAACAGAGCAGCUCGGAGCAAGUUAUUUAACGCUGUGUCCUUGAGAGAGGACACAACACCUGAGGGAGAAAAGAAAAAAGCCACCCGUUUGUGUGGUGGAUUUCCCUUGCGGUGAGUUGACUGCAGCAGAGGCCGGUGAGGAUGAGGAGCAGUGUGGCAGGCGGAGCAGGGACAGGGACACCUGCCGGCGGCAGCGGGACACGGCUCCGGCAGCCUGGGCAGAGCAGGAGAGAGCAGAACCCGGCAGAGCCAAGUCCACCGGGACUACACCUUUUAUUGCUGCAGGCUUGGAGACGGGUAAAGAUUAGUUUUACACACAGUGGUAAUAACACAGAGAGGAGGAUGGAGAGAGUUGUCAUGCAGUGGUGGGAGAGGAGGUUUCUGGAAACAAUCUCUGAGUGAAGUGUAGCAGUCAUAAAAAUGCUGAUGAAUUUACUUGUGUGAGUUUGUAAGACAACAUAUUGUGUCACUGUUUCCCUGUCAGUUGAUGAGGAAUCUUAGCACUUACGUGGCAUGUUGUGCUUUUUCACUAUUUGCUCCUUUGGCAGUGGGAAGUAUGUUAUCAACAGGGAAGGGAGAAGCUAGAGAAAUUGUUACUACAAAUAAAGCUCAGGGAUUCUGUAUCCCAACACCUUGCUGCUUCUGGUGGAUUAUACUGCCCAUGCCUUUUAGAUCAGAUUGGGCCCUUUCAGUGUGAGCUGGGCUAUGGAGGAUGGAAUCUGCUGUGUUCAGAGCUGGUACUGACAACAGCUGACUGUUGACCUCGCAAGGCAGCUGCUGUUCUCUGCCAGCAUUUAGUCUCACAGGAUGGUGGGUACGAUUUUCACACAUCCUUCAGUCAGUAAAGAGCUCAGUCUAUUCACAAAGAUUCAAGCUCAGCCCAAUUGCUUUGGAACACCCAUCCAUUCACUUUGGGCAAAGUGGAACUGGAGAAUGGGCACGUGGCACUUCAGCACCAGCCACCUCUGGGGACAAGUGGGACUAGAGAGCCCAGGCCAGCACCUCUGAGUAUUGAUGCUCCCCUGCCCCUCUCACAGGGAUGGCUGCUCUGCAGUGCUAUGUGUAGUAGAACUCUCUAAACACUGAUGCCAAGAGCUGGUUAUACAGGAGUGACAUGCACUUUACAGCUCUGUAAAAAGAAUCACACCCAAGAUAGAAACCAAGCUUAUUUGAAGGCAAAUGUAUUUUAGUGUCACCAUUAAUCAUUGGUUUUUAAUUGGAAAAAGCUUUCUAAUAAGGCAGUAAGAGUAUAGAAAAUUUGUGUUUCAGAGUACUUUACAACACAGAGGACAAAAUAUUCCCCAUGAUUUAAGUAGCUAAAGUACCUUAUUUUCAGCGAGCUUGAUAGACACGUUGUCACUGACUCUCUCCUGACUCCCACAGUGUCUGUUCAGUUUGCAAAUAAAGCAAGAUUUAUGCAGCUUUUCUUUUGCUUACACUACUAAUGGUAACAACACAUCCAAGUGUUAAACACAAAGCACUAAACAAUGUAAUUUUCUGCCUUAAAAUACUGAACAAAUGGUACUUUCCCUGAGAAGGGCUAGUAAAACAAAAUUAUAUUUGCAAGGUAAGAUGCUAUUGUAUGCUUCCAAAUAUUUUUGUAUUGUGUACGUUCUGUAUAUUUUUGUUGUGACAAUAUUAUUUGAGCGCAUUAAAUUUUUUGUGGGUUUUUUUUAUUUUCUGUUUAUAUUUUUUUUUUUUCUUAAUAAAAUUGAGUUGUUCUAUAUCACAUACCAAAAAACCAACCAAGAAAGAACUUUCAAGGACAGUUUUGUAAGUUUGUCUACAGUUAACAUGGUAUUUAACAAAAGAGCCCUUGGUUUGGAGCUCUGCCACGUAAUCUUCUAAUAAUGACAUUGGUAACUCAUUUUUAUGUCUGUCUGACAGAUAAAAGGGAGAGUGAAUUGCAGCUUAAUUUCUCCACAAGAUCUAAUGAGGAUGCAGAACUGGCUUGGAACUUGUAUGGAAAUUCAGGUGUUGUCCCACCUUUUGGCAACUGUUCCUUCAUUGCAGUGACCUCAGAACUGCAGGGAAGUUGAUGACAUUUGAGUAAAUUUUUUUUUACUUUUUUUUACAUUUG